CAGUGUCAGUGUCAGAUUGUGAUUGUGUCAGUCGUCAGGUGGAUUAAAUAAAUAAUUCAUGAAGGUUAAAAAUACGUGUAUUAUUAUUUCAAGCUGUUGGUAAAUCAAAAUCAAAAUAGUAAUAAUUAUUCUGAAUAAUGAUCGUGUCCAGUUGGUAUUGAUGACAAGUAAAAAGUGGCAUAAGGAUUUUUCUAGAAUCAUAAAUAAAAAAUUACAUCAGGUGAUCUAAAAACGAGAUGACCAUUAUUGAGGGGAUAGGCGACGAAGUUACACAUUUUUUUAUUGCAUUGUUUGUUAUUGUCAUAGGAACUGUUGCUUGGUGGACUACUAACAUAUCUGAACAAAGGUAUAUUAGGACUGUAGUGUUACUAGAAAGAAGAAGACAUAGAGCCCAUCGGCGAUUAACAAACCAUACUGAAUCUGUUACUAUUACUGAAGGAUCAAGUAGUACCUCUCAGACUGAAGAAAGUACACCUGACCUUUCUGCUGAAACCGAUGCAGCAUUAGAACGAGCUCGAGCUCCAAAUGGCAAUAAACCCCCUGAGCCUAGAUCAGAAGAAGAUUUAAUCGCUCCCGAUAUUCCCAGUACUAUAUUAGAAGAUAGUCGAGGCGAAGAAGAAGAAAGUAUAAUUGAAACCAUGGAUGCUGAUGCUAAUAUCGUUAGGCAAAGAAGAUUAGCUUUUUAUACUGGUUUUUCAAAUGAAAAUCAAGAGCCAACUAGUUCCCACACAGAAUCGUUUAGACAAAAUACUAGUUCGCCACAAGACUCUAGUACUUCUUCAGAAGAUGUAGAGCCUAGUGCCCCUCCAACAGAAGAAAGUGUGCCUCCCAAAAAUGAAGAUACUACUAGUAAUAGAAUAACAGUGAAAUUAAAAUACAUAAACGACGAUCUGAAAUUAGUGGAAGGAAAUUUAAAUGAAUCCCUUGGAGAAUUUAAAAAGAGAAAUUUCGUGCCAGAAUUAUCCUCCAACAAAUUGAUACGGUUGAUAUUCAACGGGCAGGUCCUUCAACCAGACACGCAAACCCUGAAAAAUUGUGGACUGUUUGACAAUUGUGUCGUCCACUGUUUGAUACACCAGAAGAGGUCUCAACCGAAUCGGUCUAGUGGUACCGAAAGCAGAAGGGAAGGUUAUUCUUUCCCAAACACAAAUGGUUCGGCCAACAAUAACAAUAAUCAAAAUAGGGAUUGGGACUUAGGGAAUUUCCUGUUUGGCUUUAUUAGUAUUAUACUCUUAGCGGCUUGGUAUUUUAGGUACGUCUAUGCUCACUUGUACACAGUAACAGCUACAGUAGGCUUGAUUUUAAUAACUGGUAUUUUUACCAUAGUUUUAGUAGGAAUGUACUUUCCAGACACUGAACAGUUCCCAAAUCCUGCGUUUCACAUAAGGGAGAGAACGACGCCACAAACGGAGUAAAAAAUAAUGUGCUUAAGUUGUUUUUUUUUCUAUUUAAUAUUUCACUUUUUACUUUGUGAUCAGGAACAUGUUGAGUUUAUAUUAUAAACUUUGUAUAAUAUUAUUUAAGUUGAAAUUUUAUAUUUUAGUUACUUAUAAAAUAAAUUAUUUAUUAAU